AAUGAUGGCAUGCGUUCUGACUUGUGUUGCAGCAAUGGUUGGCAGAGGUUGAUGACGCAAACAUAAAACCCUUGCGCAACCAAGCAGAAGGCCAACAUCUAGCUUUGAUGGACCUGAAAUCUGUCAAUGCCUUACUGGAACUAAGAGAGAAAAAGCUUCAGGAAUUUGCUGAUAGCUUAAAACCAUUCACCUCUGACAAGUGUGUUGAAGAAGCUGAACACAUGGUGACUGAACUGAAGGCAUUCCGACAGGCAAGGAUGAAGGAACUACAGGAGCAACUGCAAAAUAUUAAUGAGAAGAGAUGUCGGGAGCAAAAAAUAAGAGAAAUGGCUGUAAAAGAAGAGAUUGAGGAACUUGAAGCCAGUCUAGCAAAGGAAGACAAGAUAGCUGAAGAGAUCAUCGCACACGAACUUCUGAAGAAGAAGCAACGGCACAACCUGAGGAUGAUGGAGGAAGAAACCAAAUUUCAAGACCAACUGGAACGAGGGGAACUGAUACUUCAACUCAGAGAGAAACUUAUUAAAGAGCAUAGUGAAAGGCUGCAGCUCCAGGAGAAGGGUCUUCAGCAGGAGAUUGCACAGAUUGAGAAGGAUCUGGAGGCGAGGAGAAAGGGGAAAAGAGCCGACAGCCGACGAAGAAUUGCAGAGCAGAAAUUAGCGGAAGAGCAGAAGGAAGAGGCUAGACAUUCGCAACAAGUCGAACAGGUUCUAAACGAAGCCACCAAAACCUUUGAACAAAUGGCAGGUUUUGUUGCAUUGAAUGUUCCAGUGUUCCUUCAAAGACCCAGGGCUACCUUGGUGAAAGACUCUAUCAAGAUGGUUCUGCAGUCCCCACUCUUCAAACUCCUUUCGGAAAUCAAUGAACACCUGAAAGCAAAUCCAGAGGCCAGGGUGGCUCCACAAGAUAAAGAUGAUCAACAGGAAACUGAUGAAGCCAAAGUCAACUAUCAAGGAACAGACAGCCCAUGCACAGACAUUGUGGAUGCAGGGUGCACAUGUGAAGGAAACCUGAUGCCACUGGGCAUUGAGAAGCUUUCUGGGAGUGAGCUAGAUGUCUAUCGUUUUGGGAUCUUCAUAGCACAGCUUGUGAAGAGAAUAAUCAAUGCCCCAGACAUAAACCUACUUCUUGCCUCCAGUUUGCCCAUGAACAAUUAUACACGCAAUAAAUUCCGGAAUUCAUUUUAUUAUCAGCAUUCUCGGAAAGAGCUGUUUAUUCGACGCCAACAACUGACAUCGGUGGGUGACUUCUCCCUGCUCCUGGUUCACUGUUUGGCUCACAUUGCUGCGGGUGAGCUGAGGGAUGAUUCCAAUCCUCUCUACCUCACGUUUUUCCACCAGGCACUGAGAGGCAUCUUCAAGGAAACAUUCUUUCUGCGACUCUGUGUUUCCCCUACUUUACGUACACAUGUUGACCUACUCCAAAAUGAAGACUGCCCAGAAGUUCAUUUAGAAGCAAUUGCUGAUUUACUGAAUGUCAAACUGAGAGACACAGAAUCUCUGACUGUUGCUGGAGAGCAGGAAAGAGAAAUCAGAGACAACAACAGAGUUUCAACCCAACCAAACCAGCAAGGUGAAAAGACGAAUGAAGGACAACAUAAAAUAGAGAAAAACAAUGAGUGAAUGUACAACUGCCGAGACCCACCGAGAGCUGGGUCUUAUUGCUAUAAAGACAUGAAUGUUCAGUGAAUAACCCGCAGAUUUUGCCAAAUGAUUAAAAUUAAAAUUCCAAGGUGGCACAAUGGUGCAGCGGUAGAGCUGCUGCCUUCCAAGAGCAUCUUAACCAUGAGUUGUAAUCAUUUCAUUUCCUUCUCUGGAGCCUUAUUUUAAGAAUUGAUUCAUAUUAAUAGACUACUGUAUACUAAUCAUUGGUCUGGAGUAGAGGUUCAGUAACUCCAGUCUGCCCAGCCCCAUCCCACAAAACCACAGUUUAUCACCUACGCAUAGAAUGAAAACUUUUUUUAAAUAUAAUUGUCUACCCCCAGUUUGAAAAUUUAAGCUUCAAAGAAUUUGUCCUUCUGAAGGCAACUGCUGGGUUUAAACGGUAUAAUUAAUAAUAGUAACUUGGAUAGAAAUUGCAGCUAUUUUCUCCUAAUUAUGUAUUUCCAUUCCUUAAAUACAAAGCAAACCAAAGUAAGGUUAUGUUUUGGUCAUUGGAAGCUUAUUUGUGAUGAGCAACUGUAAGAUCAGGCAUUUUCCACAUUACAGCAGGUUAAGUAAUGGAAAUGCACUCUUCUGGAAUUCACAAAACACCACUGAGAAAGCUGAUAUCUAUAUAUUUAUAUUACUAAAAGUCUGAUCUUGACCGUUUUUGGCUCGCUGUGGUGUGAUUUCCGAGAGAAUGCCGCCACCUAACGGCCGUCAUUUUUGGCCAACUCGCUCAGAGCCCCCAUCCGCCUUCCUAUCUUAUAGGAUCUUUCCUAUCGAUGAAAAAUCAGAGAGAUAUUAAUGUUUUUUUUAAAAAUCCCCAUUCUCUCUGCUGCCCCCGCUAGCCGCAGGGGGGAGGGACUAUAAAACCCGGAAGUGUAGUUUAAGAAGGAGCUGCAGAUGCUGGAAAAUCGAAGGUACACAAAAAAGCUGGAGAAAGCCGAAAGUGUAGUUCCUCACUCAGUGUCUGCCAGACCCAGGAAGCGAGAGGGUCAUGGCUCUGAGCUGCGUAUCACACUGAACGCACAUCUACUCCACGGUGAGUCCCCUCGAUGCAGCUGUUAGGUGGCUGCUGCACAAUUGUUUGCCUCAUCUUUUUAAGAAGUUUGUGUUCACAAAAUGAAUUUUGGUUGUCGGGUGGCUGCUGCCCAAUUGUUUGCCUUGGCUUUGCUUUUAAAAUCGUUGCAACAGUUGGCUGCCAGCCCAAGAAUCCAUUCGGUUCAUAAUGUCUAUACUAGCCCUCUGGAAACCAGUACCUUCGGCCCGCAACACCCAUACUAGCGCAACUAGCCCAACGGGUCCCACUUAGUCUAGUACAGAAUAAAAAUUUGUUUUUACAGUAUUUGCAUGGCAUUUAUUUACAACUCGCAUUUCUUCAUACAUGCACAGAUGAUGUGGCUUUGCAAUACAGAAAAGUGCAAUAAAAAUGGUUUGCUGCGAAUGCAACGACGUAACGUCUGAAAUUACUUUAUCACAGCAUUAUUUUACUGGGGUACAACAUUCAACUUCACAGGCAAAUUUCUAACCCACAUUGUGUGUACACAUUGUUCUAUUUUGUUACAUUGUUCUAUGAAAUGCUCAUAGAAUAAAAACAUCUAACGUUUAAUGUUUUUUUUAAUUUAAAACACUUUGUUCAUUUAAUUAGCAAUUAUUGACACUGUGAGAAGUAACAAUUUAGAGGUUGUCACCACUUUAGUUCAUUUCUUGGUGCUAAUUCAUAAAAUGGUGUGCAUUUCUGGAAGAUUGGUCUAUUGUGUGUGUUUCACCACCAGGAGGCAUCAAUUUUGUGCAUUAAUAUUUCAAAUUCUUGAAUGCAGAAAACAAAUGGAAAUCUUAGUAGUGAAAUAAAAGCAACUUUAAAGCUGGAGUUAUUGUGUUUAUUUAUAAUUUGAUAUUAGUGUAGUGCUUUUCCAGUUAGAUAUUGUUUGAUAAGUUUCACACACAUUUCCCAUUGCCUGGGUGCACAGAUGUGAUCAGAAGAUCCAAAUUGGACAUUUGGCAUUGUUGAUUGUAUGGUGAGCAGAAGUAUCAGUUACAUUGCUAUUUUCUUCACAGUGCUAAGAAACCAACAAUGUAAAUACAAAGUUGCAGUCAAGCAGCUCGAAUUUGUCUGUGGAAUUCUCUGCCUCAGAGGGCAGUGGAGGCCAGUCCCUGGGUACUUUCAAGAGAGAGCUAUAUAGGGCUCUUAAAGAAAGCGGAGUCAGACAAGGGAUAUGGGGAGAAGGCAGGAAUGGGGUAUUGAUUGGGGAUGAUCAGCCAUGAUCACAGUGAUUGGCGGUGCUGGCUUGAAGGGCCGAAUGGUCUACUACAUUCAAUACUACAAUUGUUGCACUCCUGUACUGCUGUAUGAUUGUGCUUAUAGAGUGCUUCUGAGCACACUAUAAGCUGUGGAGCAGGGUAUCAACCCAAAAUGUUACCUAUUCCUUCUUUACAGAGAUGCUACCUGACCUGCUGCAGUUACUCCAGCAUUUUUUGUCUAUCCUCGGUGUAAACCGGCAUCUGCAGUUCCUUCCUCCCACAUUACCUUGAUCAGCAUCUGCUUUGAUCUGUCCUUUUGAUCUAUCCUUGAUUACUAAUCUUUUCCCGUUUAGUCUGGAUGUCAUUGAUUAGUACGGAUGUCAGCGAUUAUGGGGAGAAGGCAGGAGAAUGGGGUUAGGAGAGAGAGAUAGAUCAGCCAUGAUUGAAUGGCGGAGUAGACUUGAUAGGGCGAAUGACCUAAUUAUGCUCCUAUCACUUUUGAAUUUAUGAACUUUUCACACCUUUGAACCCUUCCAUAUCUGUAGUUUCUCUCUCCCUUGACUCUCAGUCCGAAGAAGGGUCUCAAUCAAAAUGCCACCUAUUCCUUCUCUCCAGAGAUGCUGCCUGUCCUGCCGAGUUACAUAGAAACAUAGAAAGUAGGUGCAGGAGUAGGGCAUUCGGCCCCUCGAGCCUGCACCGCCAUUCAAUAUGAUCAUGGCUGAUCAUCCAUGAUUACACCAGCAUCUUGUAUCUAUCUCACUAACCACUGCACCCUUGGAUAAGUAAGUAAGUUUAUUGGCCAAGUAUUCACAUACAAGGAAUUUGCCUUGGUGCUCCGCCCACAAGUAACAACAUGACAAAUUAGAUUUACUAGAAUGUUGCCUGGGUUUCAGCAACUAAGUUACAGAGAAAGGUUGAACAAGUUAGGGCUUUAUUCUUUGGAGCGCAGAAGGUUAAGGGGGGACUUGAUAGAGGUUUUUAAAAUGAUGAGAGGGAUAGACAGAGUUGACGUGGAAAAGCUCUUCCCACUGAGAGUAGGGAAGAUUCAAACAAGGGGACAUGACAUGAGAAUUAAGGGACUGAAGUUUAGGGGUAACAUGAGGGGGAACUUCUUUACUCAGAGAGUGGUAGCUGUGUGGAGUGAGCUUCCAGUGAAGGUGGUGGAGGCAGGUUCGUUUUUAUCAUUUAAAAAUAAAUUGGAUAGUUAUAUGGAUGGGCAGGGAAUGGAGGGUUAUGGUCUGAGCGCAGGUAUAUGGGACUAGGGGAGAUUAUGUGUUCGGCACGGACUAGAAGGGUCGAGAUGGCCUGUUUCCGUGCUGUAAUUGUUAUAUGGUUAUUAUUAUAU